AUGCUGCUGUCGGGCUCAGAACAGGCCCUGAAUGAGCUGCUGACACGCAAGGAGGAGGAAUGGAGGGCACUGCAGGCCCAUUGUGCCCAGCGGCAGGAGGUGGCCCUGCGGGACAUGUACAACCAGCUGCAGGAGGUGCAGGGAAAGCUGCAGCGCUUGCAGGAGGACUUCAUCUACAACCUGCAGCUGCUGGAGGAGCGAGACUUGGAGCUUGAGCGCUAUGACACCGCCUUUGCCCAGGCCUGGGUGUGGGAGGAGGCCCGGCAGGCAGAAGUGAGCGAGCUCAAGAUCCAGGUGGCCAAGCUGAAGCAGGCACUUGCCCAGGAGACCCUGCGGGUGGAGGAGCUACAGCAGCAGCAGCAGCUGAGGUUUCAGAAACAUCGCUUGGAGCUGGAGCGCAUCCACAGUGACAAGAAUGGUGAGAUCGACCACCAUCGAGAGCAAUAUGAAAAUCUGAAAUGGAGGCUGGAGAGAAAACUUGAAGAACUUGAUGGUGCUGCUCUGCAGAGACAGGAACUGCUGCAGGAGUUUGAAUCCGAAAUACAGAAAAAGGAGCAUGAAUUCCGUCUGCAGGCUGAUAACAUGAGUAAUGUGGUCUUAUCCCAUGAGCUCAAGGUUAAACUAUUGAACAAAGAGCUUGAGGCUCUGAAAGAAGCCGGGGCAAAGGCUUCAGAGUGUCUGGAGAGGGCAGAGACCAUGAACUCAGAGCUAGAGAUGAAGCUCCAGAGCCAGGCCUGGGAGAUGCGGGACCUUGAAGCCAUGAAGGAUGCCCGGAUAAAGGACUUAGAGGAUAAACUUCACUCUGUGCAGGUAACCAAGAAGAAAGAAGAGGAAAUGUUUAAGAGGAAGCAGGAGGAGCUUGACCGCCUGGCCAGGGAGAAGGACGUUGUGCUGGCAGUGGUGAAGGGAGCCCAUGGGGAGCAGCUGCGGGCCCUAGAGGCCAGGGUUCUGGAGUUGCAGGCCCACUGUGAUACCCUUGAAGUGCAACUGCGCAGGGCUGAGUGGAGGCAGGCAGAUGCUGUCAAGGAGAAGGAUGCCAUCAUUGACAAGCUUCGUGAAGAUGCAACAGCUCUAAAAUCUGCCUGGGAUGCCCAGAUUGCUCAAAUAUCCAAGGAGAUGACAUCCAAAGACUUUCAGGUUCACAUACUGCAGGAAGAAGAGAUGAAGCUCAAGGUGCAGUUGGCUCGAUUCCAGCAGGACAUUGAAAGGUACAAGCAGCAGCUGUCCGUGGCAGUUGAAAAGGAACGGAACCUAGAGCGUGAUCAGGUGCAGCUUGGCCUGGACUGGCAGCGCCGCUGUGACAACGUUGAAAGGGACCAGAUCCAGAAGUCAGAGGCUUUGAUUCAGGGUCUGACCAUGGCGAAAGAUCAGGUUGCUGCUAAGCUGCAGGAGACAGAGCGGGCACUGCGGGAGCAGGAGGUAGUGCUGAAGGCCUUGGCCCUGGAGCGAGACCAGGCUGUGCAGGCCCUGAGGAUGCAUGGGCUUCCUGGACAAGGGGCACAGAUACUCCUGAGGCAGCAUGAAGGAGCAAUAGAUAAAGAUUUUCCAUCUAGUGAGAUCCAGCAGCUACAAGAGCAGAACGCAAACUUGCGAAAUGCUAUUGCACAAAUGAGGAGAGAAAUGGAAACUCUAAGUGAUCAAAUUCUUCCUUCUGCUCAGUUAGGAAGGGAGACCUUAAACACAAAUCAGCCUGAUCCAAAGGCAGAGGGAGAUACUGCCACUCCUGAUUAUACUCUAGCCCUUGAAGCAGAAAUGCAAAAUUUAAAGGAUAAGUUUAAAGCACUGGAAGAGCAACUUGGAGAUGUGUUGAAUCCUUUGAAGAUGUCCUCAUCUCAUGCCGACAUUCCACCCAGUACCCACACCUCGACAGAGACUACUGGUGAGUCCUCAUCUCAUUGCAUUGCGUGCUCUGUCUCAGCUAUAGGGUCUCACCAAGUUGCCCAGGCGGGAGGAGCUGUCCAAGCUGGUCAAGCUUCCUUUGGACUUGCGCUCAGGAAGCUCGUAGACAGAGUACAGCUCUUGAACUUGCUGGUGACUCAACUCAAUCAGAAGGUGCUACAGGAACCCCUGGAGCUGGCCACGGUCCGAUGUGACCUUCCCCGGCAGGUGGACCAGCUACACCUGGAGGUUUUGGAGCUGUGGAAGCAGGUGACUGAGCUGGAGAAGCAUCUUGGGACCGCCUGGCAGCAAGGAGUGGAGCCUGCAGGCAGGAAGCAACCUGGAGCCUCGGACACUGCGGCCCUCCAGAAAGAGGAUGCUAAGAAUGCAAAGAAAGAAUGUUUUUCUGAAUACUCGGGGAAGAGCCAUCCCCACUCAGCACAGACAGUCAGCAGAAGUGAUGCCCUGCAAGGCCACAAGAAGCAACAUAAAAUCCCCAUAGUGACCUGCAAAUCAGCUUAUCAGAAAGAAAACAGAUCUCCAAAGCCACCCCAGGCCCAAGAAUCCCCUGAGGAAAAUGGCCACCACACCCAAAGAUCCUCAUCAUUUGCCAGCAGUUCCCUCCAGGACACAUGGAAGUUGCUAGACCUGGGAUCCAGUCCUUCUGGCCUCACCUCCCAAGAUGACUCAGUUCCAGAGCACCCGGCACCUCCAGCAGCCAACAAGAGCCCCACCAAGACACAGGCGUGCUUUGCUGUCCAAGGGAUGAAGAUGGCAGCCCAGUCAAAGGCCAAGCCCACCAGAACCUCCAGGUCUCAUCCUGCAAAAGCUAAAGGUUGCCAGCGGCCCCCUAAGAUCCGCAACUAUAAUGUGAAGGACUAACUCCUCGGCCUCCCCUGUGCAGAGACUGCACACAACCUACCCGUGGUACUCGGGGUCUGCACUUUUACUCAUGUGGCAUGUGGUGUGCAUGUGGUGUGUGGGGGCAGCGGCUGCAGAAAAGGCUCCCAAGUGCUGCUAAAGUGACCCUGCUGACCAGAGGCCUCACUGACCAACUGUAGUGCCCAUUAAAGCCCAGGUGCCUCCCUUGCGCAUCUGCUUGGCCAGCAGA